AUGGCAACCAUCUCUAAUGCUGCUACUGCUGCUGCUAAUGUUGGUGGGGAUCCGAACCCCGGGGCGACUGGCUUGCCGACCCCUGCUAUGACCUCUGUGGUCAAUCCUCCUGUUGUUACUCUGGCUAUUCUGGGAGGACCGCUCAAUCAUCACGAGCGCCCGGAGAAGUUCACGGGAGUGAAUUUCAAGAGAUGGCAACAGAAGAUGCUAUUUUAUUUGACUACUCUAAGCCUUGCGAGGUUUCGAAGUAAAGAUGUACCAGCCGUAGAGGAGAAUGAGCAAGAUAAACAAAAGCUCAUGGCUCUGGACGCUUGGAAACAAGCAGACUUCUUAUGCCGGAAUUACAUUGUGAACGACUUGGCGGAUCCGCUUUUCAACGUGUUCUAUGCCAAGAAAUCGGCUAAAGAGUUGUGGGAUGCCUUGGACAAAAAGUACAAGACCGAGGAUGCUGGGAUAAAGAAAUUUAUCGUUGACCGGUUCCUGGACUUCAAGAUGGUGGACUCUAAAACUGUCCUGAGUCAAGUCCAAGAGUUCCAAGUGAUUCUGCACGAGAUACAUGCAGAAGGGAUGGUCCUAAGUGAGUCAUUCCAGGCAGCUGCUUUGAUUGAGAAGCUGCCUAACGGGUGGAAAGACUUCAAGGACUACUUAAAGCACAAACGAAAGGAGAUGAUAGUUGAAGAGCUCGUUGUCAGGCUUCGGAUUGAAGAGAACAACAAGAAGAAAGGAGGGAGUUCGAUGGCAAAUGCUUCAACUGUGGAAGUGACGGGCAUUGGGCAGUUGAUUGUCUGA